UUCUGCUCCACCUCCAUUCGGAUCGGAAAAUUUCCGUCCCCCAAAACCCUCCCUUCCCCUUCCACAUCUCAAUUUAGGGUUUUUAGAUUAUUUUCACAUAUCAAAAACAAAAUUCCUAUACAUAUAUAUUAUAUAUAAUUCAUUAUAUAUAUAAUAAUAAAUAAUAAAGAAUAGAUAAAGAAGAAAGGGAGUAUGGAUACUCGCAAAAGAGGAUGGCCUCAUCAUUCAAAACCCAAUGGCGCUACUGCUGCUGCUGCUGCUUCUUACAAGAAAUCUAAAUCAGAAUCAGAGUCUUUAUCAAGUGGUAUAAGAGGCAAAACGAAGCCUUGCAUGAAGUAUUUCAGCAUUGAUGGCUGUCCAUUCGGGGAGAACUGUCACUUUCUUCAUUUUUUCCCUGGUGGAUACAAUGCUGUUGCCCAAUUGAUGAAUCUUCCUCCGAUUUCAACCGCUCAAGCCACCACACAAAAUGGGCCCCAAGCAGUCCUUAGAUCCAAGUUGUGCAACAAGUACAACACCCCUGAAGGCUGUAAGUUUGGUGACCAGUGCAGCUUUGCUCAUGGAGAAUGGGAGCUUGGGAAGCCUAUUGCUCCAUCACAUGAGCCCCCACGAGCUCUGCCAUCAGUCAUAGUCCGCCCUGCACCGCCAAGUACUGCCACCAGCUUUGGUGCCUCAGCCACUGCCAAAAUCAGUGUUGAUGCUUCCCUUGUUGGUGCUAUCAUUGGCAAAGGAGGUGCGAAUUCUAAACAGAUCAGCAGGCAGACAGGAGUCAAACUUUCUAUUCGGGAUCAUGAAAGCGACACAAGUAUAAAAAACAUUGAGCUUGAAGGCACAUUUGAUCAAAUUAAGGAAGCAAACGCCCUGGUUGAGGAGCUAAUAUCGAGUCUAACUAUUCCACCAGGUGCAGCUGGUCCACCUGGUAGAGCGCCACCCCUAGCUAUGCAUCGUGGUGCCCCGCCACAUACUAUGACGAGCAAUAAGAAGACAAAGCUGUGUGAAAAUUUCAUCAAAGGGUCUUGCACCUUUGGUGAAAGAUGCCACUUCGCACAUGGUGCUACAGAGUUGCGAAAAUAAGGUGUCUGAGAUGCUAGAGGUUCUCUUUCUCGGCCAAAUUUUGGUAAGUUUCUGCCUUUUUCUUUUCCAUUUCUUCUGUUGUAGUAAAAACUUCUGUCUAUAUAGACUUGUGUCAAGAAUUAAAUUGUAUGUUGGGUAUGCAACAACCAAACUGAUAGAUAUUUUUUGGUACUGCGUAGCAUUUAGUAAUAUGUGGUUUUUAGGCAAUUGUUUAGUAUGGAUCUUUAGAUAUGUAAAAUGGCACUAUUUUGCUGGUAUGUAGUAUUGUAGCAUUUAGUAA